AUGAAGAGGUUUCUGAUAGCAUUGAGUUUACUAGCUUUUAAUUUGAAGAUCGCUUAUUCCCAAUGCCGCCAACCAAAGAACAUGAUAAUGAAUCGAAUACCAGAAACAAUCAUAGAGUCACCUCGCAAUUUCAUAUCUCCGCCAAUGACAUUACCGUACUCGACCAUAGAUUAUAAACAAGUAUCGUCUGUGGCGCCCCCUAGAAUUUUACCCGCCCCUUCAACGACGAUUGUCACAGACUGCUCACCUGAAGUGUGCAAAAACUUAGCUAAUACAUUGCAAUUGAUGAUUGUGUGCAAUUUGUUGCAGAAUCAGAAAGGUGGUUCCGAUUUAGCAUUACAGUUAGCUUCACCAAUAAUUAACGAUGUUAUGGCGUCGCCAUCUUUUUCCUGCGGCUGUCCUAACCCAUUGUUUUCGAACCAAUUACCAAAUUUACCACCUAGUUUCGUUAACAAAGCAAGUUUGUCUGGUUUAAAUGUACCACAAAACACAUGUCCCAAUCCUGGUUUGCUAAAUAUUUUAGGUUUGUUUAAUUAG